AUGAGUGGAGACACUUCUAACCUCUACGAAGGCAUCCCUCCAGAUACACUCAGUAAGGUUCAGGAGUACCUGGAGCAUUUCUGUCUGUCUCUGGAGAAGCUGCGGGAGGUUUCUGCUCGGCUGAGGAAAGAUCUGAUUCGAGGGCUCGGCAAACACACUCACCACAGGGCCGCCGUCAAGAUGCUACCUACCUUCGUCAGGGCCACGCCGGACGGAACGGAGAAAGGCGACUUCCUGGCGUUGGAUCUUGGUGGAACGAACUUCCGAGUGCUUCAUGUGCGUGUGGUGGAGGAGGAACAGAAAGUGCUGAAGAUGGACAGUCAGAUCUGUGCCAUCCCGCAGGAAAUGAUGCUGGGAACUGGAGAACAGCUGUUCGACCACAUCGCCGCCUGUCUGGGUGAUUUUCUUGCCUCUCAGAAUCUGAAGGAACAAACUCUUCCCCUGGGUUUCACCUUCUCCUUCCCCUGUGAACAGUUGGAAAUCGACAAGAGCGUCCUGAUCCGCUGGACCAAAGGCUUCAACUGCUCCGGCGUGGAGGGCAAAGACAUUGUGAAGUUACUGAAAGAUGCCAUUCACAGGAAAGGGGACUAUGAUAUAGGUUCGGUUGCCAUGGUGAACGACACAGUGGGCACAAUGAUGAGCUGCGGCUACAAAGACCAGAGCUGCGAGAUCGGCAUGAUCAUCGGUACGGGAACCAACGCCUGCUACAUGGAGGAGAUGAAGAACGUGAAGCGUGUGGAAGGCGAGGAUGGGAGGAUGUGCAUCAACACAGAAUGGGGCGGCUUCGGAGAUGACGGCUCCCUGAAAGACAUCCAGACGGAGUUUGACGUGGUGGUGGACGAGACAUCCAUCAACCCUGGCGUCCACACCUUUGAGAAGAUGAUCAGCGGUAUGUAUUUGGGAGAAAUUGUUCGGCUGCUGCUGGUGAGGCUCACAGAAGAGAAGGUGCUGUUCAAGGGACAGGCAUCUGAGGCGCUGCUGACUCCGGGCGCAUUUGAGACAAAGUUCAUGUCUGCGAUGGAGGAGGAGGACGGUGGUCUGAAAAACUCCCAGAAUAUUCUGACUAAGUUGGGUCUGAACUGGGACUCUGUCGACUCCCGCGUGGUGCGUCUGAUCUGCGACACCAUCUCCACACGCUCUGCCAGUCUGUGCGCCGCUGCCCUGGCAACCAUUGCCAACCGUAUCCGUGUAAACCGCGGUCUGGACCAUCUGAAGACCACCGUGGGGGUGGAUGGGACGGUCUACAGAAAACACCCCAAUUUCAGCAUUGAUCUCCAGGAGAUGGUGCGCCUCCUCGCCCCUGAUUGUGACAUCACCUUCCUUGUUUCUGAGGAUGGUAGUGGGAAGGGCGCUGCCAUGGUAACAGCGGUGGCACAGCGACUUGCUCUCCAGUCCCGGCUGUUAGAGGACAGCGACGGGGAGAGCGAGGAUGAAGAGGAGGAAGUUGAAUAG